UUCUGGGAAAUGUAGUUCUAUCCAAAUUCACCACAACUCAUAAGGAGCGUAUUGAGACUACGUUUCCCGGAAUGCAGCGGGACGGGAGAGGGAAGGCAAGGGGGAAGGGACAGUCGGUCGCAGACCGCGCUGGGUUGCCGCCGCCGCUGCCGCCAUCGUGCCAGCCCCACGGGUCUCAGUGAGGUGGGUGACUCUCCAGGAUGGGAGACAAGCCAAUUUGGGAGCAGAUUGGAUCCAGCUUUAUUCAGCAUUACUAUCAGUUAUUUGAUAACGACAGAACCCAACUAGGCGCAAUUUACAUUGAUGCAUCAUGCCUUACGUGGGAAGGACAGCAGUUCCAGGGAAAAGCUGCCAUUGUGGAGAAGCUGUCUAGCCUUCCGUUCCAGAAAAUUCAGCAUAGUAUCACGGCGCAGGACCAUCAGCCUACACCAGAUAGCUGCAUCAUAAGCAUGGUUGUAGGCCAGCUCAAGGCUGACGAAGAUCCCAUCAUGGGUUUCCACCAGAUGUUUCUAUUAAAGAACAUCAACGAUGCUUGGGUUUGCACCAAUGACAUGUUCAGGCUUGCCCUGCACAACUUCGGCUGACCUCCUCCUGGCCAGAUAGUCACGCUGUUUCCUCCUCCCUCUUCCCAAUCCUAUCUCACUCCUCCAGAUGCUCCAAAUAUCAUACACAAACGAGCAGGGCCGAGGUGGGAGUGGGUGCAGUGCGCUUCUGUCACCACGGUGUUGUGCAUGAUGUUUGGAUGCUAGACUAGUUGCAUCUGACAGGAAAAGUUUGUGUUGUACCAGCGCAUGCCUUGGAAAGACUUAAGUAAUGCAAAAGAUUGUCGGUUUUUGGUUUUGUUUUAUUUUAUUUUAUUUUUUUUUAAUCUACUGACAAGUUGCUCUAGUAACCCAAAGAAGUGAAGGAGAAAGCAGCUGCCUCACCAACCGCCCAGAUACUGAUUUGUUCAGAUGUUUCAAUGCCUCAUGAUACAAUAAAACCACAAAAAUUUUCUUAACAGUUCAAA